UCUAAUUUUACUGAGAGACAUGGAACAAGGCAAAGGAACCAAGUCCUCUUCUUCUGUUUCUCCCUUUGCUGAACUCUUAGCCCCAAAAGUGUCACCUCCGUCCACUUCAAACAUUCUAGAGUCUAUAUUUCCUCCUCCCCGCAAGGUGCAUAGAGGACAGUAUCUGGUGACCAAAAGGCAGGAUUCCCCAAAUGAGCCCCUGAAAACAAAGCCUGAAGACUCUGGUAAUCCUUCUCAAGGACAUGAAGGUGAAUUCCAGAGUGCAGCAGACGAAGAAGCAGAAUCGAUUUAUCCGCAGCAAUGCGUGAACCCAUGUGGUCUAAGUUCGUCGAUCUUCUACGGCGGCCCAGAUGAAUGCCCUAUCCCUAAGGGUUACCGUGGCUCUGGAAUUGAUUCUUUUUUCAAGGAUGAUGGAGAAGAUGAUAGGGAGUAUGCAACCAGAGGAGACUGGUGGCUAGGAUCUCUCUAUUACUGAGUGUUUUCAUGCCAAUCAACAUGCUUAUCAAGGUACAUAGGAAGACACAGGCAGCAGUUUAAUCCGUUUCUAGCCAUAUAUGGAAGUAGACCACAGUAAUCAAGCAUUGCAGACCGCCGGUUGUUAUUUACUUACUCCGGCCGAGCAAGUGUAGUAGUUCAGCUCCCUUCUUCACUGUGAAGAAUGAGGAGAGUCAAGUCUUUUAUUUUUGCAUUUAUUUUCGUGUUUAAUUUCAGUGAAGCCUGUGUAAGUGACCUUGAUUUA